UGUGUUUUUUUGCAAUUGAGAGUUUUUUUUUCAUUUCUCUUCCUCUUCCAAAUCGAGAUUCUUUUGCAAAGCUUCGUAAGUGUGAAAUAAUGGCGGCGGAGGGAUCGUCCAUCAAUCUCCGAGGGAAAGGAUCGUCUUUCACUUCCCCCUCCGUUUACAAGAUUGCUUCCGGCGUCGCUAAUGUUCGAAUUGAUUCUUCAGCGAUCGAGAGAUUCUCCACUAGAAACACUCCAUCGAUCAAACGAAGCUCCUUAGGUAUCCCUGAAGGGUUAACGAACGAAGAAGCCCGAGCUUCUUUAGCUGUUAUCUUAAACAAGCUUAUUUUGUCGACUUCUGGUCCUCCUUCUUCCUCCACCGCUCGUUCUGUUCUUCCGAUUAAGAUUUUGAAUUCGGAGGCGGAGAGUUUCGAAUUGGGUGAGAUUGAUGUGACGGAAGGGGAAAACAUUGUGUUGGAGAAGUCUUUUGCUUCGUUGAUUGGACUUUGUAAUUCACAAGAAUCUUUGCCUUGUUGCAAAUGUUGACGAGGCGAGGUUACAGUGUGGCUUAUGUUGUCUUUCAAGCACAAGCAGUGAAGCCAGCGACGUCGCCGUUGUUCAUUCAGAACGAGAUACUCAAGGCUCCUAGUCCUAAAUCAUUGGAUCUUCCUGAAGGAUCUCAACGCUCUGGGCAAAGCUUCUUCACUCUCCCUCUCAGACCAAUCGUGAUUUUGCAUACUCCUCUCAUAAUCUCAGUAGAGGUACGGUUACAGUGGGAUUACCACCAGACUGGGUUGAUGUAUCUGAGGAGAUUUCAGUUAACAUUCAACGUGCAAGAACCAAAAUGGCUGUGGGUGUGGAUUCUUGGAUUAUUUGCAGCUUCCUUGGAUCUCUGUUUUUUAAAGAGCUCUCUGUUUUCUAAUUUGAAAGUUUUGUAGGUAAGUAUUAAUAUUUUUUGUCCAAGGAUCAUUGAAUUUGGUUUGUAUCUUUGUUCACAUUCAAGUUUUGGUCUAUAGUUAAUAAUAAAUUACAUC